CGUUAUCGAUCCGUAAUGUAAUUACUGGCCUGUAAUGCAACACGGCAAGGCAUCUCGCCCAUGCUAUGUGGUGCACAGACCGGUAAUGUAAUAAACCAUUUACACCGGAUACCGAAACCGACCUGCAGUGUAAUAACAUACACGCCGCCUGCCGGUAAUGUAAAAACCUAUGCUCUCGUGGAUUGAGCAUGCAAUGUGGGGAGUGCAUGAUCAUUGAACGCAACGCACGGACCACAAACCUGUGCCGUCAACCGUAAGGACAAGGCCUGGCAGACAGCACCCAUGGUAUGUGCAUGUACUACGAAAGCUCUCCAUCUAGGAUUGCAUUGACAACCCGGCAGAGCAACUUGAAAGAACGCUGACUUGUCAGAAUAACCAGAGAAGAUUUUACAGACCUGCAUGACCUGUAACAGCGAAGACUGCGAACUUAGUACAGUAGGCCUACAUCUGCUUAAGUGAGGAAGAUGCUGAACAUGAAGUUUGUGCUAGCUGUUCUUCUUCUUGGCAUUUCAGUCGUCACGGUGUUUGGCGUUGGCAGGCGUGCGAUGAAAGCAGAAACAUACGAGGUAAUCGUCGCAUUACUGAAAGGGACAUUCGUUGUUCCAGUACGUGACAGGACCAAGGCAGAGAGGACAGCACUUGUUCGCUUCUGGAGAAACCGAGAAAAGUUCAGUCUUGCAGAAGAUGGGCACACGUUGCUAUUUGAUGGUAAAAGAGUUGUGAAAGAAUGCGAUCUCGAAAGCAUCGUCAAACAGGGCGUGGCAGCCACAGGAGGAGGUGGAGCAAGAAAGCUGAAUAUCAAGCUCCGUUCUGUUUACACGGGACUGAGCAGGACAAAUGUUCAAAAAUAUAUUGGCAAGUCCAACAAGUAUCGGCCUCUUAAAGCAAGGCUCCACGACAGGGCAACCUUCCGGCCCAUCACAGCGAAAGAAGUUCAUGCUCGCCACCAGAUCGAUCUUAUCGACCUCACAAAGUGGGCUGUGGAAUAUAAAGGCGUCUCUUAUGGCUUUGUUCUUAUGGUAGUUGACGUGUUCAGUCAGUAUACUUGGCUUCGUGCCGUAGAAAUGAGGGAUUCUUCGAUUAUCGCAGAGCACUUGACGAUGAUCUACCUAGAACACGGGCCGCCACGAGUUAUAGAGCACGAAGGGAGCUUCGAAUUCCACCAAGCUGUUGAGCAGCUUAUGGAAAGUCUGCAGGUAAAAGUAAUGAUAAGUUCCCCCUAUUACCCCCAAUCCCAGGGAAAAGUGGAACGUUCCCAAAGAAUACAACAGAUCAUGUGUGAUUUGAUCGACUGUAAGAAACAGGGAGUAAAUUGGGUAAACCAGUUACCUUUUUACGCGGCAACAAUAAACGAAUUUUCCAAGGAAAAACUGACAUGUAGUUCGCCAUUCAGAGUUUACUAUAGUCGGAAAAACAACCGUGUUGGGAAUCCGAUUCUAGUCAAUUCUGAAAACAGCUGCGGGGAUUACGAAAGGAGAGACCAUUUCAAGUACUUCAUAGCAUACGAUCAUAGUGAUCAUCUUGAUGCAUUACAAACACAGGGACUGACGAUCGUCUAUGAUCCACAACCAGAUGGUAACUGCCAGUUUGAUGCUUUGGCAAAUCAACUACAAAAUAUCGGGAUACAACUCUGUGCAAGAGCUUUGCGCACUGAAAUUGUCAGAGACUUGAGAAUGAACCCGACAACAAUCGGUGGUAUCUCUCUGGAGGAAUAUGUGCCUGAUAACGACUUAAACGCUUACCUUGAGCAAAUGGAUAGGGAUGGAACACACGGUGACCAUUUAACCCUUCAAAGGGCAGCUCGGAUAUACAAUGUUAAUAUAGUUGUAUUCUCGAGCCUUGGUCCGCACGCCUCCAACAUUCUGUCUCCCUCUGGAAGUGUUGACAGAGACCGUCCUAUUGUCAUGCUUGGUCAUAUGGCAGAGGAUCAAGGUGAACAUUACCUGAGUGUUCAGCCGGCGAACACCUCAGUUUUUGACUUCGUUCUCCCCGAUGCUUCCACAGCAAACAACCACACAGAAGAGGACCUGUCGUUAAGUGUGCCACAUGUCGUGCCAGUCGCUGUUUCUUACGAUCCCAUGGAUGCGAACGAAGCAGACAUCCUUCUCCCAGAUGAAAACAAUCAAGCACCAUUGUCUCAGCGGAACAUUGACUACAACGGCAAUAAUUCUUUACCGAGGGAGAUAAUUCAAAAGAUCAUCCUACUGACCUUGAAGUCUGACUAUUCCAUGCUUGGAACGUUCAAUAGGGUAUCGCUCAUGUUCAGAGAACUCGCCAGUUUCUUUCAUCCUCAAGUUUAUCUUGACAACAGAAUCAUUGAUGAUCUAAACUUGCGAGAUGCCAUCGAGGUUGAAAUUAGUGUGCAAAGGAUAAUAAGCUACGCCGGUGCAAGCAGCAGGCUUGCUCUUCGUCUGGGAGAACUUUUCUCCGCAAAUCCAAUGUGGUUUGACGCAUGGUUAAUUGUAUCUGUAUUGAACUAUCGCCGUUUUGUUAUCUCGGACAUAUUUUGGAAGUGAAUACUUCCGAUUUGCAUUUUUAUUUACUUUGAGUUGGUAUACUACAUAUGUAUGAACGCUAGGAUAAGUGUUUUUAAUGGGUGUACCAUGGAAAGAACUUAAACGUGAUUUCGGUUCUUCAAACUUACUUUGUCCCAACGUUGUUUAUUUGUCAAUGUUACUGCAGUCUUGGUUUGUUGUAUAAACCAUGUUCAGGUGAAAAUUCCACUUUAACUGGAAAUUGGUGACUGGUUUGAACUGGUUUAUUUGGUUUUGAAUGGUUGAACUGGUUACAAGCCACUUGUACUAGUUCAAAAAUGCAGUUGAAACCAGUCACCAAUUCCCAGUUCAACUUUGCACGUUGAAACUAGUCGAAACCAGUUGAACUGGAUUCAACUGGAAUUUUCAACGGUGUUCAUGUAAAUGGCCUAAAAACUUUCCACUCGUAGCAAUAUUCCUCACUUAUGUCUUCUAACCAAGAGAGUUCAGCAGUGCUCACAUGACAUUUUUUUUUGCAUCUUUAUUAGUAAAAUAUCUUCUGUGUAAAUGGUGAUACAUUUCAAACUAAAAUCGGUUUAGUCGCAAUGAUGCAAGUGAUUCACGGCCGGUGUACAGGCUGAGCGUUUGUCUCGAAAGUGCAUAUUGUCGUAUCUGUCAUAUAUUAUCAUAUCGUCAUUCGUAUGUAUUUCAUUGUUCAUAUGGAGCACCACAAAAGACAAAUGCAAAUUUGAAAGCCUCGUUAAUAAACCAAUCGUUUGCACGCGGAAAAUAAAUAUACACUCGCCGAGUUCUGUGCCAAAAAUAUGCCCUGAAAAGUUCAGGGUCAGACCUGCAACUCUUCUGGCUCAAAACGACAAUUUAAUUGUCGUGCAAAAAUUGACACUUAACUUUCACGGUCAAAAUAACGAAACUUAGUGUCAAAAUGACACAUUUCCGGGUCAAAGGGCACGGCAAAAAAAAAGAUUCAAAAGUCAAAUCCGACCCGGAUUCGUGUCGAAUCCUCCCGGGACUUAAGAUAGUGUUCAUAUCUGCGCGUACUUGUCUGCCCUCACUUGUCUACCUUUAGCCUCUGUUAUAACAGCUGCAACACUCUAUCGGCCAGGGGCAGGCUGAAACUUUGGUUGCUUUGCUGGCUUUGAUUCCUUUAUGGGGGCUGAUUCCUUCCUAGAAUUCUAGUCAUGAAUUCGAAACUGUUUUGCUUAUUUCUGGUUUAUAUCAUAAUAUAAUAACACCUUUGCCAAGAUACAGCUGAGAAGUGAUUUUCAAUAAAGAUAUUCGGUCCAUGCAUGCUCUUCAACGAGCUUCAGUUUUUCUGUCAA